AUGACGUCACACCCUCCGGACGGCAGGGGGCUCCACCCUCCGUACACCCUCCGGACGGCAGGGGGCUCCACCCUCCGUACACCCUCCGGACGGCAGGGGGCUCCACCCACCGUACAGCAGGGGGCACCACCCUCCGUACAGCCUCCGUACAGCAGGGGGAUCCACCCGCUCUCUUUCCCCGCAGAAGAAGAAGAAUCCUCCCUUCACAGAUGCACCAGCAGCCGGAGCUCCGGACUCUUUUUCUCCAGUUUUGGUCCUCCAGCCUCCGGGAGGAAGAGAAAGCUUUGGCCGCAGAGAGACGUCUGUUCCCCGGCAGGUGAGCACCGCAGCUGCCCGCUCUCUGGAGCUGUUCCCCGGGCAGGAGACCCGAGGCCUCCCAGGAAACAGCUCCAGAGAGCGGGGGAGGAAACCGAGAGGAGCCGCGGCAAAAACACGCAGGAUGCGAGCGGCGGGGGGGGGAACCUCUUGGUUCAGCUGGCUCCUCGUCUGCAGGCGUUUCCAGAGGAGUUGCUCCGACAGCGCCGUAACCAUGACGGCCAGAUGGAGUACCUGAUUCGCUGGUGCCUGGUCACCAUAGACGACGGCACCGGGGGCGGGGCCAGUGAAGGGGGUGGGGCUAGCAGCAAUGGGGGCGGGGCUAGCGGCUCUGGGUCAGACAGUAAAGCAGAGAACGUCCUGAUGUGGAUGUCCCUGGAGGACGUGUACUGUAACUGCCCCUCUCUGCUGGGCAAGAGGAAGACCAGGAGGCCAAUCAGGAGAGAGAGGACUUCCCCCCCCGACCACACCUUCGACGAGGGGGAGCUGUCCGACAUGAAAGAGGACGUGAAGAACCUGGUGAGGCGCGCCCGGAAACAGAUGCUGAAGAAGAGCGACUUCUCCAUCAGCAUCACGCACACGGUGCACGUGCUGAGCGCCUACGCUGCCAUCGGCUCGCUGGUGGGCGUGUUCAAGGAGACGGGCGCGCUGCACCUCCUCAUGGAGCUGCUCUGCAACAAGGAGACGCAAACCAGGCGCAGCGCCGGCAAGAUGCUGCGCGCACUCGCAUCACAUGACGCAGGCAGCAGAGCGUAUGUCCUCCUGUCUCUCAGUCAGCAGGACGGCAUCGAGCAGCACAUGGACUUUGAUAACCGUUACACUCUGCUGGAGCUGUUCGCUGAGACAACGUCCUCCGAGGAGCACGGGGUGUCCUUCGAGGGGAUCCACCUGCCUCAGAUCCCAGGUAAGCUGCUGUUCUCUCUGGUGAAGCGUUACCUGUGCGUCACGUCUCUGAUGGACAAACUGAACACUGCGGGGGGGGGGGGGUCUGAGCGGCAGGAAAGCCCUGCCGCCUCCUCCUCUAGCCCCGCCCCCUCCACCUCUAGCUCCGCCCCCUCCACCUCUAGCCCCCGCCCACCUGACGGAGAGAACCGCAUGCAGCGCCAGUUCGACUUCACCAUGGCGAUGGCUAACCUCAUCUCAGAGCUGGUGCGCGUGAUGGGCUGGGAUCGAAACCGAGGAGGCGUGGCCUAUGAAGGAGGCGAGGCCUGUGAAGGGGGCGGGGCCUGUGGCGACGAUUCAGAGGAACGUAACGCCCUCCGGUCCAUCUUCCAGCCUCGCUUCAGUGGCUCCUCCUUUACUGCUGCCGUGCUAACCGCCGCGCCAGCUAAUGCUAAUGCUAACGCCGCGGCCGCGCAGCCGCAGAAGAAGACGGCGGGAAACGCCUACAAGACGAGCUCAGACUUCUCCAGCCGCUCCGCCUACGUUGAGUACGUUCAGGAACACCUGAAGAGCGGCAUGACGGUCCGCAUGCUGGAGGACUACGAGUAGGUGAGCUCCGGAGACGAGGGGGAGUUCAGGUACAAGCAACGACGGCUCUCUCCACCUGUACAGGUGUACUGGGACUCUCUCUCCAGGACCUACUGGGUGCACUGGUUCAUGGUUGCGCGUGCUGUGGCGGCAGCCAGACGGAAGAAAGGGAAUCAGGAGAAAGCUUCCUCUCUGACGGAGACGCUGAAGCUGAGCGCUGUGAGCCAGACGUUCUUCUUCCAAACCUCCGGGGGGGCUCUUACUCUCUGCCCUACCUCUCUGAGGGGCCCCCAGCCAGACCCCCCCACACUGAGCCGCGCUGAGUGGUGGGAGGUCCUGUUCUUCAUCAGGAAGCUGGAGGCGGAGCCACAGCAGGAAGUCAACGCGCUGCUGCAGGGACUCCACCACCAGGUGAGCCGGCUGGACGACUCGUCUCUGAUUGGCCUGUCCGUCCCCGGGGGCGUGGCCAGAAGCUGCUUGCACUUCCUGAAGCACAAGCUGCCCACUUCCUGUCUGAGCGACCUGCUGUGCUCACACACCUUCAACAAACACUACCUGAGGAGGGGGGGGGGCCUGGAAGGAGGAGGAGCAGCUGCUGGGUGAGCAUCAUCAUCUUCAUCAUCUUCAUCAUCAUAACAAUAAUAAUAAGACAACGCCUCUUCCUCCUCCUCUUCCUCAGCGAUGGGCUCCGUCUCCAAGAAGGCGAAGAAGGAGGUUCCUGCGGAGGAGACGGAGAGCGAGCUGCUGCUGAGACAAGAGCCGGUCCCAGAAGACCUGCAGGACAAGAUCAGAGGUGUGUGUGUGUCGCCCCGGCUGCUGGGGAAGAAGACGGUCCUGGACAAGAUGGCGGAGGUGGUGGAGGUGAGGGGGGGGGAGGAGGAGCUGCAGCUGCCCGCCGUCGUGUUCCUGAUCCAGCUGCUGCAGGACGGGGGGCAGGACAAGAACUCCUGCAGGGGAGACGCCUCACACAGCACCAGGGACCAGGUGGUGCGCCUCCUGGUGGAGCUCCUCUCCUCCUCCUGCAGGGACCUGGUCUGCUGCUCCCUGACUCUGACCCACCUGCUGCUGACCAGGUUCGACUGGAGGGUGUCCUUCGCCACCGAGGGGGGGGUCAAAGCUGUGCUGAGCUGCAUGCAGGAGCACGCCUCCGCCCCCCCCGUGCAGCGGCUGGCGCUCGCAACCCUGAAGGUGAUCACCGGUGCAGGGAAGCACGACCUGCGGUGUGUUGGCGGCGCCCCCCCCCUCUCUGAGGCCGGCUCUCAGAUGAUGUUGGAGAUCUUCUCGAGCAUCGGCUCAGCGACGGCUCCGGGGGCGCGGGGCCCGCUGGGCGCUCUGCCGGACGCCAUCGACCUGCUGCUGCACAGCGAGGGCUGCAUGCUGUCGGUGCAUAACGGGCUCCUGCUGGUCAUCAUGCUGGUCUCGUCCCAUCAGAGCCUGGCGGAGCAGCUGGUCUCCGCCGGCCUCCCCCCCGUCCUCAGGAGGUGUCUCAGUCUGUCCUCUCUGUCCCGCACGGAGACCAUGCUGAGCAUCAUCGCCCUGAAGCACCUCUCCAAGAUCACUCUGCAGGGCCCAGCGAGCUUGCUGCAGCUGCAGGACUCGGAGCUGCAGAUGCUCCUGGUCUCUCUGAAGGCGACGGCCUCGAAGGAGGUGAUCCAGACUCUGGAGCAGCUUAUGUAUGAAUAUAUAUCAGUAUGUAUGCUAUAUAUCAGAUAUCAGAACUAAUAAAGACAUGUUCCUGUUCAGGUGGCUCACAGUCGGGACACCUAUCAGGAUCUGGUUCGUCUGCUGGAUCAGCACCGAGCGGACCGGGCGGCUCAGCUGUCCAUACUCAGGAUCCUCAAUAAGUUCCUGGACAGCUACCAGGAGGACGAGCUGCCGUGGCACGAGAGCAUCGAGCCCUGCCUCUCCUCCAUCAGCUGCUUCAGCGACAGGGAGGUGGUGCAGCAGUUCAUCCGCUUCCUGUUCCGGCUGGCCUCCCUGAACAAGGACUACGCCGUGGUGAUGUGUCGUCUGGGCACCAAGGAGGCUCUGCUCAAAGCUCUGGAGAAGCACAGCUCCAACCUGCUGCUGGUGUCCGAGCUGAGGGAGCUCCUCACCGACUGUGAGAAGUACGCCUGCCUGUACAAGAAGAUGACCACCAGCGUGCUGGCAGGCUGCAUCCCAGGUACCCUGGGUCAGAUAGAGGAGCACCGCCGCAGCCAUCAGCCAAUCAACAUCCCCUUCUUUGACGUGUUCCUCAGGAACCUCUGCCAAGGCUCCAGCGUGGAGCUGAAGGAGGAUAAGUGCUGGGAGAAGGUGGAGGUCUCGUCCAAUCACCAUCGAGCUAACAAGCUCACCGACAAGAACCCCAAACCUACUGGGAGUCCAACGGCUUGCACCGGGUCGCACUUCAUCAACAUCUACAUGCACAAAGGGGUUCUGAUCAGACAACUGGCGGUCCACGUUGCGAGCGAGGACUCGAGCUACAUGCCGGCCCUCCUGGUCCUGGGGGGGGACGAGCCCACCAGCAUCAGCACCGAGCUCAAACACCGUGAGUCUGAAGGACUGAGGGAUAGCCAUGUCCU